AUGUACAUUAAGGGGAUUGAAGAGCCGCUGAUAACCCGAUUAUUUGCAACCACCCUGACAGGAGCAGCUCAGUCGUGGUUCUCCUCUCUACUAGCAGGAUCCAUCAGGUCGUUUGAAGAGAUCGGAGGCAGAUUCUUGCUAAAUUUUUCUACAAGCAAAAAACAGCCGAAGUUCGAAUUUGCGCUGGGGAAAAUAAAGCAGCAGCCUGGCAAAACCCUGCAAAAAUAUUUGGACCGCUUCAAGAUGGCCGCGUUACAAGUUCCUGGGCUAUCCGAAAAUGUUCACCUUUAUUUGGUGAUUACCGGCCUUCACGGAUCCUCCAGGUUGGCCAAGUCCGUCUACAAAGACCCUGUACGAACUCUAGUUGAGUUCACUAUUCGUUCCAAAAAAUACUUGGAGCUCGAACAGAUGGAGAUUGAAAACGCGGACCCAAGGCCGCACCAAAUCCAGGUAGAAAAACCCGGAAACCGUAAGCAAAAUGAUUUCCGGGGUAAAAGACCCGAAGAGAAAAAUUUAUCCAAAAUAAGAUUUGACAGGUAUACGCCAUUAAAUUCCUCCCGGUCCCAAAUCUGGAGGGAAGUGGAAUCCACCGAGAUGAAAAGGGUGGACAUACCUCGGCCACUACUGAAUCAAGCUGGGCUUGAUCAAGCACGAUAUUGUGCGUUCCAUGAUGGCCCUGGUCAUACAACCGAGGAGUGUUGGGAUCUCAGAGACGCAAUUGAAAGAUAUAUCAGGGAGGAAAAUUUGCGUCAGUAUCUCAUAUGA